AUGAGCAAAGGCUGCUAUACUUGCCGUCGUCGCCGCAUUAUCUGCGACAAUGGACUCCCCACGUGUCGGAAGUGUCGAGAUGCGGGGAAAGAAUGUCUGGGGUAUCAGAAACCGCUCGUUUGGGUCAAGGGUGGGGUGGCUAGUCGGGGAAAGAUGAUGGGGCGCAGUUUUGGCGAUGUCAGAAAAGACAAGACUGAUGCCCGAGAUCGUGAAAGACUUAACCAGCCCAUCGCCGCCGCCGGUGGCCGUCCCGAGUCAUCGCUGUCGACGCAUGUACAACAUCCUCCUGGUAAAGAAUCCGAUUCCGAUGAUCUAGUAUCCACGCAAAAUGCUUCCGAUGAGGCCAUUAUGCCCGUCAACUCCGUUCAGACACCUCUCGUUGAUCCAUUAUGGCAGCAUUGUAGUCGGCUGUCUAGGUUUUAUAUCAACCACUUCAAUCAGAAUCUUGCGGGAUAUCUGACCCUCUAUUCCGACGUCAAGAAUCCAUUUCAGGAUCUUAUCACAUUGGUCGGCGACUCUCCCGUCAUUGCUCACUCUCUCGCGGCCAUGGGCGCCUUGCAUUACGUUAUCCUAGCAAACGGAGAGUGCGGUCCCAUGCCGUGGCCGAUGGAGAGGCCGUCAAACAGCGACAUACCCUCUCCUCCAGAAGAGGCUGGUCCUGUCGAGCUAAGCACUUUGCCUCGGCGGUCGUUUACCAGAGUGUACGAGCAGUUUCUGGGCCUCAAACAACGGGCACUGCACCAGCUAUCGCAGGACAUAUCUGACCCUGUUCUGCGGAAUGAUAACAAGACAUUGGCAGCGAUAAUGGUGCUUGCCUUGAUGGACGCCGUUGAGUCGGGACGCGGCGCAUGGAAAUAUCAUCUGGAAGGAGCAAAGAAACUAUUGCAAAGUCGCGAGCAUGACAAUGCAGGCCAAGCGCAAACAAUGAUGGACUGGCUGGAUAAUUUUGCCACUGAUGGCUGUUUAGUAAUUCAGCUCAUGGGCGCUACCUUGACGCGCCCUGGCACACUCUCAAAGCCAUUCUACACUUCUGCGAUGGGUGCCUCGGUCUUGAAGCGUCUUGAAGAAACGUCAUGGGUCGGCUGUCCCGCCUACCUGCUGGAAGCCAUCUUCUUCGUCCAUGCCUUCUUCGACUUUGACCUUGCCGACGACCCCGACUCCCAACCAAGCACCGUCUUCCCCUCCAUGUAUCUGCCCGAAGGCUCGAAUCCCCUCCAUUGUCCCGAAAAUCUACCCCAACACAUCCAGGCAUUCAAUCCCGUUGCCUGGGCAGAGUCCCUCCAAAACUACCUCUACCUCCCAGAUCUGUCGAUGCGGAUCGCUCUAGCCACCAUCUACAAAGCCGCCGUCUACCUCUACGCCACCAGAGUCCUUUCCCGGCCGCGUCCCGGUGCAACAACAAUAUCCACGACCAUCGGACUCCCUCCGGACCACGCCGACGUCGCAGCCUUCCUAGUAAACCAAUUUACCCUCAUCCCUCCCUCUGACCCGCACUUCAAAUGCCUCAUCUGGCCGUCCUUCAUUGCCGGCGCCGAAUGCAGAGACCCAGCGCAGCGCCCGUUCAUGCUUGAAAUCCUCCGUACGCUAUACUUUCACAUCACGAGUGUCAACGUCCGCAAUGCUGCAUGGGUCCUGACGAUGAUGUGGCGGAAACGUGAUUUGAAGCGUGAGGAACGCUCCAGGUACCGUGCCGCUGCGGAUUUCUAUCCAGAUAGCGCUGGCCCUGGGUUUUCCGCUACAUCGAGAUCUUCUUCUGUCAUUACUUCUCCAGAAACCGCUACCGCUACCCCCUCAACGACUACUCCGUUAAGUCCCAAUGACGACUAUAAUUACGAUGAUGAUGAUUUCGAUUGGGUUCAGGAGUUAGAUGAUUCCAGGGUUGAUUGGCUUUUUAUCUGA